GAGGUUGAGCUGAUUAUUGAUAUUCCAUUAGUCAUGGAACCGGCCUUCUUCCCUGAGUGUUGCAUCUACAGGGUCCCCAGGAGACUUCGCCAGAUAAAACCAGAAGCCUACACUCCAAAGCUAAUCUCAAUAGGUCCUCUUCACUACCGUAAACAAGAACUGAUGGACACGGAAAUGUUGAAAUUGAGAUACUCAAACGAAUUUUGUUAUCGGGCUAGGACAAACCCACCGGAUAUACUACGCAUCAUUAUGGAUAACGAACAAAGUAUCCGUCGCUGUUAUGAAGAGAGUUUUAAUAUCAGUGGGGGAGAUUUCGUGCGAAUGGUUUUCUUGGAUUCCGCCUUUAUUAUUCAGCAUUUGUUAAUGGCUACUACUGGGGGAGAUGAACAGUAUAAAAACAGGUAUAUAUAUAGUAAACCAUGGUUGAACUCGCUUAUUCUGCUGGACUUGAUGUUACUUGAAAAUCAGCUUCCUUUUUUUAUUCUCGAGGAGAUAUAUAAUAAAGUCUGGUCUAAAGAAAACAAUGAUAUUUCCUUUUUUGACCUUGCCUGCAAAUAUUUCAAGAAAUAUUUACCUUUCCAUGAUGAAGAGAAGAAGCCAACUGUGGAGAAAGUAGAACACUUCACUGAUUUGAUCAGAUGUUUCUACAAACCAUCUAAUAACCACAAAUUUGGAGUCACUAUUUCUUAUGUAUAUAGUGCAACAAAGCUGUACGAGUCUGGAGUGAGAUUCAAAAUGACUGAAAACAGAAGGUUUGAUAACAUAGAAUUCCAGAAGUGGGAGCCCUGCGGAAAUUGUCAAUGCUUCAAUUUCUCAUGGCUCUUAGAUUUCUUACCCUGCUUGAAAUGCUUUCCUUGCUCAGAACGUAUUCAAUCUUUAUUGAGUCUCCCGAGUUUUGUGGCAAACAAUGGAAAUGAAGAUCUUUUCAGAAACCUCAUGGCCCUUGAGCAGUGUCAUUAUCCAUUGGAAGCUUAUAUAUGCAAUUACGUAGUGUUAUUGGAUCAACUUGUCAACACUAUUGAAGAUGUGGAGUUGCUUGUUGACAAAGGGAUUAUUGUUAACGAGUUAGGCAGCUAUGAUGUAGUUGCCACUAUGAUUAACAAACUUGCCCUUGAAAUUAAGGAAGAGAAUUCCUGUUACAGUGAACUUGCUCAAGAGCUUAAGGACCACUUUGAAAAUGGUUGCAACCGUAAUAUGGGAUACUUGAAAAGUACCUAUUUCUCCAAUCUCUGGAGAGGCACUGCAACUGUUGUUGGUCUUAUAAUCUUGGGAUUCACUCUCUGGGAUUUCGUUAGGUCUACUAUCAAAUAGAUUCAGAAUUUGUGUAGUUCAAUAUCUGAGUGCUUUGGUUUGGUUACAUGUUAUGGCUUGCAUCUGAACUCGUCAAUUUGUUUAGCUUGUGAUACCCUCUUGUCCUAAUAGGGUCUUCUACAAAAUAUAUGAGUGCUGGUUGUUUUAAUCGU